UGAGGGAGAGGCUGAGGCUAGAUUUUUCAGCGUGAGAGAGCUGUUUGUGUUUUGAAGGCAUUCGUCGUCAAAGGAAGUUGGCACAUCCUUGAUUUCAUUCGAUUGAUCGACAUCAAGCUGAAAUUACUCUGGAUUCUAGCUAGUUACGGUCUUCUACUUGAUAAACAACGUCCCUGUUGCGAGAAUUGUCAACACCUUCAUCGAGCACCAACUAGCUAAAUCUCUCCUGGGUGCAGUCCGGCCAAGAAAAUAAUGUCCUACAGUUGAAGAUGGGAGGUAGUGGCUCCAAAACCAAAGGUUAUUGGCCUUUUGCUGGUUCAGGCAGUGUUGAUGGUGAUCCAACCAAAGAGGGAGUCGAUGAACAGUCGCUGGCGAGGCUCCGAAGUUUCCGAAAUGCGACGCCCUUCGUGUUUACCAGACGGAGCUCCCUCUACUUUGACGAGGAUGGAGACCUGGCCCACGAGUUCUAUGAGGAGACGGUUGUGACGAAGAAUGGCCGCAAGAGGGUCAAACUGAAGAAGAUCCAGAAAAACCUCAUACCUCAGGGAACCAUAAAGCUGGAGCACCCCUGCAUCCAUGUGGAUUUCCCUGUCGUUCUGUGUGAGGUUUGAUGAAGCCUGGGGCCACGUUUUGAGACCAGACUCAGACUAGCCACGGUGUCAACUCCGUCCCCCUGUUUUCCUCUCCACCUAUACUUUACCCUGAAGCCCUCCACCUACCCUCCUCUAAUCCACCAUGGUCUCCCCGUGAUGAUGUUUGGCCGGAACCCUGACCUGUGAUGAUAGACAGGCUGUCUAAACACAUGGUGUUGAGCCCCUGCAUGUGGACUCUGUAAAGUGUGGCCCGUGUGCAGUCACGUUACACACAGUAGUAAGUGGCCACUUACGGAGACUGUCCAUCUGUGAAACACCUCAGAUAAGUUGGAUGCUCCCGUUACCCUCAACCUAUUCAUUAUAUACAGUGUGUGAGUGUUAGUGGAUAUGGAAUGAAAUGUGACAACAGCUUGUCUGCUGGUCUCGCAGCAGCAGUGUGUGCUCUGGUAGGAUGAUCCAUUGUACUUUGUAAGGAGAAUGUAGUAGGACAAUUUGAGUUGAACCAUGAGCUGUUAAGUAGAGUAGUGUCUCAGAAUAGGCCGGCAGUCCUAUAUCUGUAAACCCCGGCCUAUAGAGUUAAUUUACCAUCUAUACAGAGCUGCGAGGGGAAUGGGUAUUAAGGGGUGAGAUUUUCCAAUACCUGUUCAGUCUUCAGAGCAUCCAGAGUAAUGAUAGGGCUUCACCUAUUAGGGCCAUAUCCUGAGGUCAGAGAUAUAGGAACAUUUAAUGCACAUUUUACAUGUACAAGUAAAAACAAACGCCCCGUCAUGGCUUGAUAUAAUUUCCACCAUGCAUGACGCUGGCUCUGCUUCUGUCAUUUCCCCAUGGAGUUAGACAAUCGGUGGCCAAUGUAAUCUAAGCUGAUCUUAAUGUGAUGUUUGACUGGCUGUGGUGAUCAUGGUGUGAAGACCAGGGCUUGUAGUUAUGAAGCGUCUGAGUAUGCGCUGAUCUAGGAUCAGUUUUAACCUUUGAGAUCAUCAUAGUGAAUCACAUUAAUGGGGGGAUCCUAGAUCGGCAAUCCUACUGAAGUGCUUUUUUAGUACGGGCCCAGGCCUCAGAGCCACGCAUGUACAGUGAAGCAAGAACUCUAGUCCCCCUGGGAAAGUCCUCUGUUCCGUCGCUGCUUUGGCACGAUACAUUUCACUGUUAAUUUAUUAUAACUGUUACAAUGGCAUUGUUUUUUAAAUUACAACUCAAAAUGUA